UAAUGACGAGUUCUACGUGGGGGACUGCUCAGCUCCAGGUACUAUGUAUUCCUCCCAUCCUCCGUGCCAACCUCGAGUUUUGCUAGACUACCAGUAGCAAGUGUCUGAAAAAUGCGGUUUCUUUGUCUUCAUGGAAGAGGCACUAAUGCCGAGAUAUUCAAAAGUCAGACAAGCUGUCUGCGAGAGGCAAUUUCGGAAGGCAAUGAAUUUGUCUUCAUUAACGGUCGGAUACAGGUUGAUGAGAUUCCUGGAGUUUCAUCAGUUGUGAAGUCUCGUCCUAGUGAGCGACUGGGUUUCGUUCCUUUGCCAGCGGAUGCAGAGACAUACCAGGCUUUCUUCUUGGAAAUCCAACAACUCAUUCGAGCUAACGGGCCCUUUGACGGACUUUUCGGGUUUUCCGAGGGUGCCGGCGUUGCUGUGACCCUCCUAGUUGAUGAUGCUAGACGACAAUUCGCCAACUUCAAGUGUGCCGUUCUUUUCUGCGCACUCGACACAGUCAGCCCUGAUGAUCUCAAUUCCAGCCCAAGUAACCUCAGACUGCUAGAUCCUGAGACAGACCGAGUCCUGGUGACUAUUCCAACCGCCCAUAUAUGGUCUUCACGAGACAAAGUCGCCAAUUGUGCAUCGCAGAGAAUCGCGGACCUCUUUGAGCCCACCGUAAGAGAAGUCGUGGUUCAUGAAUUAGGUCAUGACAUACCAGGUGCCAGCUGCGGUGAGAAGGUUCAAGACACAGUAAGAGCCAUCGAACGCACAAUUGGAAGAGUAUAAUCAAAUGGAUUCACAACAAGCUUGCUCUUAUCUAGAUUGCAAGUAGGCGAGAUGUAUAGAACCUGGUGGGGCC